AUGGCGCUGUCCCGGCCGCUGCGGCUGUUGUCGCUCGUGACUCGGAUGCUCCUGGGGCCCAGACGCGACCUGGCGAUCCGUGGUCCUGAUGAACACCUGCCGGUGGUGCGCAUUCCUCUGGCUCUACAGCGGCGGCAGGAACAGCAGGAGAGCAGGCGACAGAGCCGCCGGGCGCCGGUGCUAGUGCGACCUGGACCGUUGCUGGUCUCGGCGCGGCGGCCAGAGUUUAACCAGCCCGCGCGCCUCACCCUGGGCCGUUGGGAGUCAGCGCCGCUCGCCUCGCGUGGCUGGAAGAAUCGGCGCGCGUGUCGGGACCACUUCUCCAUCGAGCGCGCGCAACUUGAGGUGCCUGCGCUGCAGAAACUCUUGUCAAAUGAGAACACCUUCGAGGACCUGGGUCUGGAGCCCCACGUGCUGCGCGCACUCCAGGAAGCUGCGCCUGAAGUCGUUCGACCCACAAACGUGCAGUCUAGGACCAUUCCUCCACUACUUCGCGGCCGCCACAUCCUUUGCGCUGCGGAAACCGGCAGUGGCAAGACACUCAGCUACCUACUACCGCUGCUUCAACGGCUUGUGGGCCGACCAAGACUGGGCUCCAGCCAGAUCUCCGCUCCCCGGGGCCUGGUCCUUGUGCCUUCCCGAGAAUUAGCCGAACAGGUAUGGGCCGUGGCCAGGGUCUUGGGCAACUCCUUGGGCCUACAGGUGCGAGAGCUAGGGGGAGGCCAUGGCAUGCGUAGGAUUAGGCUGCGUCUGUCCAAACAGCCUACAGCAGAUGUGCUAGUAGCCACUCCGGGGGCCCUGUGGAAGGCCCUAAAAAGUCGGCUGAUCAGCCUGGAGCAGCUCUCCUUCUUGGUAUUAGAUGAGGCAGACACCCUGCUGGAUGAAAGCUUCUUGGAACUGGUGGACUACAUCUUGGAAAAGAGCCAUAUAGCAGAAGGCCCAUCUGACUUGGAAGACCCUUACAAUCCCAAAGCCCAGUUAGUGCUGGUGGGAGCCACGUUUCCCGAAGGUGUAGGCCAGUUGCUGAGUAAGGUUACCAGCCCAGAUUCUCUCAGGACCAUCACCAGCCCCAAGCUACACUGUAUCAUGCCUCAUGUCAGACAGACAUUUAUGAGGUUGAAGGGAGCAGAGAAGGUGACUGAGUUGGUGCAGAUCCUCAAGCAUCAUGAAAAAGCAGAUAGGACUGGAUCCACAGGAAGUGUCCUGGUGUUCUGCAAUAGCUCUAGCACUGUGAACUGGCUGGGAUAUAUUCUGGAUGACCACAAAAUCCAACACUUAAGGUUACAGGGGCAAAUGCCAGCCUCAAUGAGGGUAGGUAUCUUCCAGUCCUUCCAGAAGGGCUCCCGAGACAUACUUCUCUGCACAGACAUAGCCUCUCGGGGCCUGGACAGCAUCCAUGUGGAACUGGUUGUCAAUUAUGAUUUCCCCUUCACCUUGCAAGAUUACAUCCACAGAGCCGGGAGAGUGGGCCGUGUGGGGAGUGAGGUUCCAGGCACUGUCAUCAGCUUUGUAACCCAUCCUUGGGAUGUGAGCCUGGUUCAGAAGAUUGAGCUGGCAGCGCGCCGAAGGAAAAGCCUUCCAGGACUAGAAUCCUCAGUGAAGGAGCCGUUGCCUCAGCAAAUCUGAUUUUUUUUCUGGCUUCAA